CCUAAGUCCGGUCCAUUGUAGAUCCAUGAAGUGAUGACGGCUGGUUCGAUUUCCGAGGAAGAAUUUCUGGCUUCAGCUCACAACUUCUUGAAAGUCUCCGCUGACAAUGUCGACGUCUGGCAACUUCACAAAGUACCUGGCCAUGAAAAUCUCAGUUAUCUUCAGAGAAAGUUUUGUCAGCAACUCAAAACCCAGAAGAAAGAAGAAAACAGAAGUGUGUCUUGGGAAUGCAAAGAAAUGGAUUUGGAAGAUAGCAACAGUGUUACCUUAGCGACGACUGAUGAAAAUGAUAUUACAUGUGACUACCAUGUGGUAUACAGUCAGAGUUAUGCUGUCCCUGUAUUGUACUUCAAUAUGUAUUGGAAAGAUGGCAGUCUGCUGAGUUUGGAUGAAGUUUGGUCUUUAAUUCCCUGCCACUAUAGAGAGAGAUUCUUAGCUGAACGGUGGACUUUUAUAACACAACAGGAACACCCUAUUGUCCAUCGACCAUAUUUCUACCUUCAUCCCUGUCACACAUCUGAUUUGAUGAAGAAUAUUGAACUCAAAGACAAAAGGAAUUACAUCUUGUCAUGGCUGAGUGCUGUUGGUCCAGUUGUUCGACUUGAGCUUCCACUUUCUUAUGGUUUAUCUUUUGAUCCUUCUGACUGAAAACUCUUAAAAGAGAAGCAUCGAAACAAUUAAUUUUCCUUAUUUUAUUUAGUUAUUUCAUUUAUGAAAUUUAUUCUUGAUCUCUGCUAUUGUUUGAUUUUAUUUAAAACUUCUGAAAUAAAUUUGAUCAAUUCCACUGUCAUUACACAAGAAUUUUUGUGCAAAAGUUGGUUUAAUCACUCUUCAUCAAACUCAACUGGACGGCCAGAACGAGGUACGUCUUUGAGGUCAAAAUUUCCAUUUUUGAACUUGGCAUACCAAUCAAAAGCGGU